AUGAUUUUCUUGUCCAGUUUCUUCUACUUCUCAGUUUUCUUACUUCCUUUCACAAGUUGCGAUGUGAAAAUGAUAAAGAUUUUUGGAAAAGUCACCGAGACCACUGAGCCACAGGCUUUCGAUGCUGUAAAGGACUGUAUUGAUGAGUGUUUUGAGGAUUCAGAAUGCUUACUGGCAUUUUUCAAUUCAGCCUGCUUCCAUUAUUAUGUGAGUGAUCAAUCGAUAACUGUCGUGGAAACUGAUCGAAGUGAGGGGAGCUAUGUGGCUUUUAAGACAGAAUUGCCAGAUGCCACUUGUCCUGCCUCCUACAAGGAUAUCAAGUACUCUGUGACAUCUGACUCCGGAGAUAUAUAUUCUUGGAAGAAAACUGAUGCUGGAUGGAGCUAUAGCCAAUGUAGGGAAGGUUGGGAAAGGUUCCAGAAAACGGAGCAAGUUGUGUGGUGUGUAAAAGUAAUGGUAGAGCAAGUAACUCAACAGGUUGCAAAGGACAAAUGUAUCGAGCAAGGUGCAGUGCUUGCUGAAAGUGGAACCUUCGAGGAAUGCGAAUGGAAACAAGAUACUGUAGCAACAGGAGAUAAUAUGAAAAAUCGUCAAAAGAGACAAGCAUUAUGUGUGGACUCUUGUCUACCAUUAACACAAGAAACAGAAGGCCAGUAUGGAUUGACACCAUCCACAAACUUUUACAUAUCCUACAGUACGGAGAACGGAUGUAUGAUGGCCGUCAUUACAUGCGUAGGCGGUGGUGCUACAAGUUUUGAAUAUUCGAUUGUUUCUAAAAAACAUGUCUACAUUGAAUACGAUUCUAAAGAGUUGAACGUUUUUAAAGUGCAACUCUCAUGUUAUGAGUACGGCUGGGCUGCAUUCACAUACACAGAAAAUGCCGUUCAGAACAAUAUGAUAAGCUGCGACGUUGAUUUCCAAAUACCGACAACAUCAACCAUAGCCACAACAACUGAAGCAUCGCCAUCCACCUCAACGGAAAGUACUUCCACUCCCCGGGAACCCAGUUGUUACCACUGUUACUAUAAACUGUGA